GCAGUUGGCUCGUACUUUUGAUUUUGAUUUGCAAGUCUCGCUUUUAGAAACCGUCUGUUUAUUUUUUUCCGCAUUUUUGGGGAAAGGAGACAGCAUGGCAGAUACAAACCCAGAGCAGGUGUGUGGUUUAAGUAAAACAGCAGGAAGUACAAAAGUCACAGACCAAGAGGAAACAGAGACUCCAGAGGUUUUUACUGUGACCUGGAUGCCAGAUGAUCAUAUCAAUGAGUUAACUUAUAUUUUACAAGGGGCACCUGCAGAUAAAGUGGAGAGAGUUUUAGUGCAUUAUGUGGAAGGAAGUAUAGAACCAGCUGGAUGGCGAGCAAUCUGGUCUGUUACAGCCAGACAGUCAAACUCCUUCCUGAACUUGUAUCACAGUGCUGAUAUCCUUGUGGAUGUUGUAAAUGUAAGCCAUGAAAAACUACUGGCAGAUGUCACAAUUCUUGACCCAGUUAAGAUUCCCAGUAAUGAACAUGACCAACAGUUAAUCAAGCAAACAAAGGGAACUGUGAUAAGUAUACCACUGAUGCAGUUAUAUCCGAUUGCUGAUCAAGAGAACUGUUUGAUUGAUAUCAACACAACAACUGAAGUGGUGGAACAAGUUAGAUUUUUCUACGAACACAUAUGGCGAGCUUGGGAUCUAGAAGAAGAAAAUAUCUGCUACACUAGUUCUCUGAUUGCUGCUCGUUUCAAGUUAUAUCAAGAUAUAGAAAGUGGUAUCAUACCAGCAGCAGUUGCUUCAGAGUUACGAAGUCUAGUGAAGAAGGCGCUCUCAGUAAGGCAAGAAAUUGAAAGAAUUGAGGCUUUGGCAGAAAGUGAAGAUCCAGACUCAGACGUUGACCAAAGAGAUGUUGUACAGCUCAUCAAACUGCACCAACAGAUGGAAAAACUUAGGUCACGCUUUGAUUCUUUGCAAGAUCCAGUAUUAAGGAUGCUAUCAAGAGACCAACAAGACAUUGAAUGGUUUGAAUGCCAAGACAAAAAGAAAAAGGGAUCCCCUAUUAAGAUAGUUGUGGAUUCAAUGACCUGCACUGAACUGGCUCUUGAGAUGGCAAAAUUACCUGACCUUAUUAAAUCUUUAAAAAAGGUGCCUGAAGAUAUUUCAUGUCAGUCUUUCCCAACACUACAAUUAGCACUGGAUGAGUCCAUGAAAGGGGAUAUUAUUGUGCUCCUUAGUGGAACUCAUUCACUUCAGCAUCUUGGGCUUAUCAGUUAUGGUGGUAUUAUAGUUGGCCUAGGUGAUAAUGUUGUUAUUGAAGGGAGUGAAGGCACAGGCGAUGUGUUGAUUGACACAAAUGGAGAUUUUGUGCUGCAAAACCUUACCAUAAGACCUUCUGAAGGUCAGGUGGGGAUUGCUCAUCAUAAAGGCAAUAUCAAGCUCAGUGAUAUUUGUUUAAAAGGUGGUAAAGAUGGAGUAUUGGGAAUUGGAUCAACGGAGUCUGAUAUAGAAAGAACAGUUGUACAGGAUUGCAGUGGAACUGGGAUGAUCUUCAGAGAGGGUACACGCGUUUCUCUGUCAGGUUGUACUAUCACUAAAUGUGAUAUUGGCCUUCAGUUUGAAGAACAAGCCAAGGUUAGUCAGGUGAUAUGUACAAUGUACAUGUACAAUGUACAAUCAGAUAUGUACAAUGCAGAAUGUACAAUGCAGAUGUACAAUGCUGAAUGUACAAUGCAGAAUGUAAAUGCAGAAUGUACAAUUCAGAAUGUACAAUCGAGAAUGUACAAUGCAGAUGUACAAUGCAAAUGUACAAUGCAAAUGUACAAUGCAGAAUGUACAAUGCGAAUGUAA